CGUACCUCGGCGCGCGAAGCUUGCUUCGUCGGGAAACAUGAGCAGCACCUUGUGGAAGGCGGCCGACCCGGAGACAUGGCGCGCGGCGUAUGCCAUGUACGACGAUGUGUGUAGCAUUUUGGAGACCAAACUGAAGACGUUGGAGAAAUGGUUCCACACCGACUUGCCACCCCUCGUGCAGGCCCAGGGAUACAUCACGCAGCCUCAAUUGUCAAAGUUGAUGGAAUGGAAGCUGUCCAAAGGGAAAUGGCGCCCAAGGCUGCAGAGCUUUGUCGACGCGCUGCCCGACAAGCAGGUUCGCGAGCUGUCCAAGAAAGCAUUUGAUGCGUGCAAGAAGAAGUCGUAUCGCGACGCAACGGCGACCCUUUCCGAGCUCAAAGGAGUUGGCCCGGCGACCGCCUCGGCCGUUCUCGCCGCGUUCGACCCGGCGGUUCCGUUUAUGGGAGAUGAAGCGCUCAACGCAUUGACAAGCGUCAUUGGCGCAAGGCAAUACACGUUGCCUCAUUUCGUUCGGUUCCUCGACACCAUGCAGGCCAAAGCGACGUCGCUCAACGAGUCAGUCAGCCAAGACGAUGGCACUAAGUGGACAGCCCAGAAGAUCCAACUCUGUUUGUGGAUCGAGCAAGUGCGCGACAACCCGUCCCCAUCACGUCGACCCAAACCAAAGGCCGAGAAACGCCAUGCCACCGACGCCACGGAACCUGCCGCCAAAAAACGCACGACCCGUCGAUCGCCACACGCUAAAUAAUCCUGUUAACAGCCACUUCCUUCGACAUCCGGAGGCCCUGCGAACGAAAAACCAGAGAACCUUUGAUACUGA